UCACACGGGCGGAAACGCUGGUGGGGGACUCCAUGGAAACGACAGACUGGCGUGCUAGCUCCUGAUAGAGAGUUAGCAGAGUUAGCUAACAUCAAAUCUGCAGGCUGGCGAAGCUGACGACGCGCUGCAUUUACGGCCUUGAAGCGAAACGAAAUGAGUCGCACGCCGGACGCGAGAGCGAGAGACAACCAGACACGGAAGAUCCAGGAGAACGUCACCAACGUGGAGAAGCACUUUGGAGAGAUGUGCCAGCUCUUCGCUGCCUACGUCCGUAAAACGGCGAGACUCCGGGACAAAGCGGAUCUGCUGGUCCGAGAAAUAGGCUCGUACGCAGACACGGAAACGCCGAACCUGAAGAUGGGUAUGAAGCAGUUUGCCGACCACCUGGCCAAGAUUCAAGACUACCGCCAAGCCGAGGUGGAAAGACUUGAGGCCAGGGUCAUUGAGCCGCUGAAAAUCUAUGGGGCUGUAGUGAAGCGUAAAAGGGAGGAUCUGAAGACAACUCAGAGUGCCAGAGACAGAGAAGCCAAGCAGAUGGCUCAGCUUGAGAGGACCAGACAGAGAAACCCCUCAGACAGACAAGUCAUUUCUCAGGCUGAGAGCGAGGCCCACCGGGCCACAAUGGACGCCACACGGACCACCAAGCAGCUGGAGGAGAGCAUAGACGAGUUUGAGAAGCAGAAGAUCCGGGACAUCAAGAAAAUCUUUGGUGAGUUUCUCACAGUGGAGAUGUCAUUCCACGCCAAAGCGCUGGAGGUGUACACGCUGGCCUACCAGAGCAUCCAAAGUGUGGACGAGGAGGAGGACCUCGAGGUCUUCAGGAGUUCUCUGCGCCCCCCUGAAUAUCAGACGCGCUUAGAUAUAGUUCGGGCUAAUUCCAGAACGUCUCUGGAUAUGACCGGGUCUUUCUUAAGCACAACAGGGACCCUGCAGCAACAAAGAUCCGGAAUUCGGCAGACAAGAAGAGAGGAGGAGGAAGAGGACGACGAAGAGGACGAAGAUCACUCUGAGGAGGACGACGACGACUACGAAGAGAAUGACAGAGAUAACAACUAGAAUCUCUGCUUGUCGUUCACAGAAGCUAAAGGACGCUCACAUGUGCAUUAAGUGUUUUGCCAAAUCGACCCACGGGUCCGAGCAGUAUUGUAGUUGUGCUAAGCUGUAGUUACUUGAUCUAAAAGAACACAUUGUUCUGUAUUGCAGGACAUUGAUGCCAAUUUUUUUUGUCUUAGUCAUAUUUUUCUAUAAAACUGGGCUGUAUUCUCUCUCGUGAUUACAAAUAAAUAUAUAAAACCUA